CCACCGACGCCGAUGCGCAUGAAUCACGCGCGUGGACGCGGAGGUGCACCUGCCUGCCUCCUCGCGUCCUUGAGCUGACCUUCGAGUCUGUAUCGCCGGUUUGCCGGGCGUCGCUGCGGGAUCUCACGUCAACGCCAUCUUCAACUCAGUUGAACGUCAUGUUGCAUUCGUGGAGAUUCUGUGUCAAUGGCAGAAGUGACGCAGUGCCGGAGGCGUGGCCAGCGCCUGAAAACAAUUUCCUCCCCUGAUGAAUCGGCCGCCGACUCUUACGUGAGCAUUAGCUCCGCCCCCCGCCUCCUCCGGCACGAGCACGCGUGGGUUCACCGGUGCGGAGUCGGCGGGACUUCCCUAUAAAAGACCACGCGCCCGCCCGCCGCGACACGACCAAGACUGGAACCACGAUCAGCCACGAUAGAAGGAAGGAAGCCAGGAAAGCCAACCUCAUGAGCUCCGAGCUUCCCGCAGCAAACAUGUCGAGAACCGACGAAGUCCACCGAAUUACAGAAAACGUCUACAAGUCCAUCAUGGAGCAGUUCAACCCCUGCUUGAGGAACUUUGUGGCCAUGGGAAAAAGCUACGAGAAGGCGCUGACCAGUGUCACGUCCGCGGCCAAGGGCUACUUCGACGCUCUGGUGCGGCUGGGUGACGCGGCCGGCGACGGCCAAGGCGCCAAGGAGCUCGGGGAGGUUCUGUUUCAGAUGGCCGAAGUGCACCGCCGCAUCCAGAUCCAGCUGGAAGAGAUGCUGAAGUCUUUCCACAACGAGCUGUUGACAGAGUUAGAGAAGAAAGUCCAAAUGGACGCACGCUACCUCAACGCGGCGCUAAGGAAGUACCAGACGGAACACAAGGGGAAAAGCCAGAGUUUGGACAAAUGCCAGAACGAACUGAAGAAACUCCGACGAAAAAGUCAAAGCAGCAAAAUGAACAACAACUUGCAGAUGAGCGGCGCCGGGCCGGAACGCGGGCAAAUUCUGGCGGGACCUCCGCAAAUGGCGGCGCUGAGAACCAGUGGCGGCCAGCAGAGGCUGAUGGCAGAAGGCGUUGCGGCGGCCACGAACGGCGCCGAUCACUACCAACAGUGGCCCGAGUUGAAAGCGGCAGCUUUGCCCCAUGGCAAGACGUCCUACUCCAACACGCUGCCCGUGCGCAAGGCGGCGCCCGCCAAGAGCAAGACAUCACUGACGGAACCUCGCACGCUCCCGCGCUCCAGCUCGGUGGCGGCGGGCCUGGAGAAGAAGGAACGCGGCACCAGGACGGCACGGGUCCAGGCGCUCUUCUCGCACGCGGCAGGCGAUAACAGCACGCUGCUCAGCUUCAACCAAGGCGACGUAGUCACGCUGCUGGUGCCUGAGGCUAGAGACGGCUGGCACUACGGCGAGAACGAGAAGACGCGCAUGCGAGGCUGGUUCCCCUUCUCGUACACGCGCAUCAUCACAGAGGACGAUGGAGACUUCGUCGGGCGAAUUCCGCUCCAUAGCCUUCAUCCCGGGAAGAGCAGCAGCACGGGAAACCUCCUGGACAGAGACUCCACCUCCGUUGUGGUGGAUUACCACGCCCACGCCAGACAGCCACGCCCCUAUGGGCUCACCAUGCCGGGGUUCUCGCAGGCAACGGCGCUGGAAGAGUACGAUCAGUCACGUUUCACCGGAAGUGUUCCUGAAGUCAAACUGAUUUCCACAGUGUGAGAGCAAAUGGACGGACAAGAACGGGAAGUGUCCCUUGCAGGAAGAAAUCACCUGAAUUAACUCAGUAGCUGUUGAAACACUAUGUAAUUUCCCACUGCUCCCAGCUUCAUGAACUGGACAUAUCCUUGUCCGUGAGUGACAGGCAAUGAGUUAAAAACUCAGACGUUGAAAACGUUUUGUGUCGUCUAUAGCACUGAAACACUUGAUGUUUGAUGAGUUCUUUGAACGUCAUCAUCACAACAAUAAUCCUAACGGUGUAUUUUCCCAUGUACAUGCUGAGCGUGUGGAUAUAAAUACACACCUGUAUUUAGUCAAUGGACUUUUGUGUGUACAGAAAUGCAUGCAGUAUAUCAAGGGCGUAGGUUUGGUCUCAACAUUGGUAGGGACGCUAAAACAGCAUAACCUGCAUGUACACUUUUUGCUGGGGACGGGACAUUUAUAAGACCAAACAGAUUGGGUACAUUUCUCAAAUAUACCUCAAAUAUAGCUGGUUCCUACGUAAAAAUGAAAAAAGGUUACAAUAAAAUUAUUUUCAUUGGAGAAAGUCAUUUUUCAAAAUGCUUGCUUCAUAGAAAGGAAAUUUACAGUGGUUUUGUUAUUGUUUUUAUAGGGGAUGGGGUUAAAAAAUGCAUCAGCUGCGAAUAAAAAUAUUUUUUUAAUGAUGAGAUGGAAAAUACAUACAUUUUAAAAUUUUAAUUAGGGAAUAAAUGCAAAAAACGCACAGUUGGAUUAACGUUAACUGUAGAGAAAGUACAGGAAGACACGUCACUAAACAGCUUUCUACUCGAGUUUUACAGGUUAGCAAGUUCACACAGUUUAAUGUUAUGCUAACUCUGAUGCAGGUCAGACUUUCAGCUGCAAAAUUAGUGGUGUGUUCCCCACCUUCACAACACUGACGUCUUUUUACAUUACUUAAAGUGGCUGCUGCUGGCUGGAAAAAAACUUCUAAUAUCCCUCCUCUUCAAAGCAGGCGGGGGAGGCGGCAUAUCGACAUGUAUUUCUGUUGGGAUUGUGUGAAUGUGGGGGUUCUGGUCAUCAGCCAAUCAAACGUGCGUUUGAAGGGGGGAAAAAAUGGACUAGCACAUUCAGUGAAAGGGGGUAAAUGUAAGUCUGAACAUAAUAAAAAUAAUUCACAUAAUAAUGGUCAGUUCUUUUCUUUUAACAUAGGGGAAGAUGAUCUAAAUGACCUAUACGACUGAAAUCAUUAUAUAAUGCAAAUAAUGUUGCUUAUAAGUUGGUGGGGACAAUUUGAGCAUCCCUAAAAGUUGGUGGUGUUAUGUCCCUACCGUCCCUAUGCAAACCUACGCCCUUGCAGUAUAUCAACGCUGACCAAAAGGCAGCAAUUUCAACAUAUAUGACAGGAUUUCUGCGGUGAAUCGCUGAAAGAUUGAAAUGGCAAUAAGUACUGGAAUAAAUAUCUAUAAUACAUAUCAGAGUAUAGUUGUACAUAUUAAAAGUAAUAACACAUUUGUGUUGUUUUAAGUCUGACAGCUGUUCUGAACUCUUAUUCGGGUGCGGAAUCCAAAAGUUUUCAAUUUUCUGUUAGAAUUUCUUCUAUGCUAGCUGAAGUCUGACAAAAAAAAAAUACUUUUGGAUAUUUUUUUUCCGGAAAUUUUCUCCCAGUGUUAUCAGUUAUUUCAUUAAUGAAAUAAUAUGCACAUAGAUAUUGAAAUAAAUGCAUUAAGACGCAUUGAAUUGUUGAUUCAGUGCUGGAUUUAUUGGGUGAAAAAAUGAAUGAAUGUUCCUUAUGUGGUCGACCAAGCACAAAGCCACAAUAGUUUUGGAUGGAGAGUUUGUGCCACCUAGUGGUGAGCAGCGCGCACAACAAAAUCCCUGCCAGAUGAAAUGUUUCAUAUACAGUGGUACCUCUACCUACAAACGUUUCUACGUACAGAAUUUCCAGGUAAAGACACGCCUCAGCAGGAAAAUAUUGCCUCUUGUUACGAAAGAAAUUUCAGGAAAUGUAAGGCAAAAAUACAAUAUGGCUAGUACAGAGGCGUAGCAAGGGUCCCUUGGAGCCCCAGGCAACAAGCAACAUAGGGCCCUUCGAGCAUGCGCAACUAAGUUGGACUUGGAGAAAUAGCAUAUUUGAUAAAAGUAUAAUAACGCCUCGGUCUCAUAGAUUGUUUUUUAGGACACUCAAAGUGCCCGGCUUCUACUACAUUAGGACAUAAAACUACAGUAACAUAUUACACUCACCACUUCCUUUUCUCCUCUUCUGCUUUUUUUUUCUUUCUUUUGUCGCUUCCAGAAGGAUAACUUCUCUUCAUUUUGGAUCUACGCCAAUUUAAAAAAAGCCAAAUCACCGCUCACUUUCACAUUUUGAGUCACGUGAGGGAGGCGGGGAGGUGUAGAGCGAGUGAAGGGGCCCCUUCAGGGAACUCAGACACAAGGCUUCACUGGCACUGUCGCACUUGUCGCUGUGACAGUGAAGUAAAGCUGUGUGUGCUAAAUCUGUUGGCCCUCUGGGGGCCCCUGCUGGUUAGGGGCCAUAGGCAAUUGCCUUGUUUGCCAAAUGGGACGCGACGCCUCAGAGCUAGUACUCACAGCGCCUAGAGUUUACCGAAUGUAACAUACUUAUAGCCAGUGGUCACCCCUAUAAAUUGGUUGGCCACCCCACUGGCCACCCCGCUUGCCAGUAUAUCGUUAGAUUGUUGUAGCAUCAGUUAUGCAUUUCAUCCCAAAUGAAUGCAUUUUUUCUUUUCUUUUUUGUUAAAUGUAGGGAUGUCAAAUUUAUCGCAUUAAAGGGUGGUAAUUAAUUUUUUUAAUCACGUGAAAAUAUUUAUCACAACGCAUUCGUAGUACGACUCAUUCACGCAUUGCCGCAAACGGCCUACAAUGGCGCCGUUUUACUUCAAUGUGGAGCAGAUAAAAGCAUUCAUUGGGGCCGUGCUUUUAAUUGGCAAAAGCUUUGUCAUCUCUCCCACAGCAACUAUAAAUAUUGAGUUGAUCUUUUUCUUAACACCCUGUAGUGUAUCCAACGCAGAGAAGAUCUAGCAUUUGCAGCCACCACACACAGUCAUGGUUGCACCACUUCCCAUCCUGCGUUUGGGCAGAACAGUUAAGUCGCUGCAGUAUCAUUUACUGAAAGCUCAAAAAAUACACUAGAUGGCAAUAUUUAGUCACAAUAUACAAACUCACAUUUAUGCUUUAAGAAUUACAAGUCUUUCUAUCCGUGGAUCCCUUU